AUGAAUGAUAUUUUGAAGCGUGCUGGGAUGGCAGAAUGCAAGCCGCUAUCUACUCCUAUUCCUGUUUCAAAAUCUGUCCCAUUUAGUGCAGAUUUGUAUGAUGAUCCUACGCAGUACCAGAGCCAUGCUAGAGCAUUGAAAUAUCUCACCAUCACACGACCUUACCUGUCUUUUGCGGUUAACCAACUCUGUCAACAUAUGCAUGCUCCUACAGAUGGUCGUCCUGAAGAUCGUAAGUUUACUAGUGGUUAUGUUGUCUUUCUUGGAUCCAAUCUUGUGUCUUGGAUCUGUAUCCCCAUUCCUAAAUUAUGGUGUGAUAAUCUUGGUGCUACAUAUAUGUGUGCAAAUACUAUUUUUCAUGCUCGCACCAAGCACGUAGAGAUUGACUAUCACUUUGUUAGAGAUAGAGUUGCUUCCGGAGAUAUUCAAGUCAACUUUAUUUCUACCAAGGAUCAGCAGACAUCUUUACAAAAGCUUUACCUGUCCCUAGAUUUCCCUUUCUUAGAGACAAGCUACAGGUUUCCACUGUACCCUACUUGA